AUCACUAGCGGGUCGUUGCCUGAAGGCUGCCUGUAGAAUGCGCGCGGCGCAGGAUCGAUUUUUCCAUUAAACAAGCCAUUUUCAACCGUCAGUGACAUUGUAAACACGUUCUCCACGUUACUUUACGCUAUCUGGCACAACAAAACAUGUGAAAUUGUUUCGCAAAUGAUGCACCAACAUCCCCGAACAGAUGACAAUGGCUGCACAAAAUAAAGUGGAAAGUAAUUCAGGCGAUAUGCCGUCGACGACAGACCCAGCAGCAGAACAGAAAGACCGCCUCAUCGCUGCUGUUAAGAAAGAAGUCAAGCAGUUGAUGGAAGAGGCGGUUACAAGGAAAUUUGUUCAUGAAGAAAGCGGUGGAGUGACAGCACUAUGUGGCGCUGUGGAAGCCUGCCUUGGCCAAGGAUUGCGCAGACGUGCACUUGGACUCUUCAAGACCAGCUCUACGACUGCUCUUCUACAUAAGAUUGCGAAGAACUGCCCAGAAGCGGCUCUAGUAUCAGCAAGGGUGCUCUCUGCGGAGGGUGCUCCAGCGACCCGUUCUGCCUCCGGCGUGGAACGACGACCAUCAGCCCCGCGUCCACCAUUACACAAGCGAGGAUCGGGCUCUUUACUUGGCUCACAGCCACCACCUACGUACAGAUAUCUUUGGAUUCGUAUCGCCUUAUUUGAGCGUCAAUUGGCGAAGAUUAUAGAGCAUCUUGUAAAUAAUGCUACAAGAUAUUAUGAAAGGGACGCUUUAGUUGCCGAUCCUGACUAUGGGAGUAUUUUAAGCUCACUUCUCGUUGGACCGUGUGCUUUAGAAUAUUCUAAGGCCAAAGCGCCAGCUUGCUUUUGGACAGACCCACCCGCUGAUGAAUUGGUUCAAAGACACCGUAUGUCAGCUGGAACAACGACGCCUCCAUCUGUGAGAAGACCUAUUCUUAACUUUAGGAGGAGUCUCAACGCUUCAUCCGAUGACAAUGCGUCAGUAAAUGCUGGAUCAGGCAAUUCUACGGCAUCAAGUGCCAAAGAUUAUGUAGAAAGUUUACAUCAGAAUUCGCGUGCAACAUUAUUGUAUGGAAAAAAUAAUGUUCGGGUGCAACCGAAAGAUGUUGAGGAGCCUAUGCCAGGAUAUUUAAGCCUGCAUCAAUCAGCUGCGGGUUUAGUGAUUAAAUGGACGCCUAAUCAACUCAUGAAUGGCUAUGCUGAAAGCGAAGGGAUUGAUAAAAGCAUUCGUUGUCACCUAGUGCAUAUGUCGGCGUGUCAAAACAAGUGUAUUCUGUGCAGUGCUGCCCCCUGUACUGUUUACAGGCGUCUAUGUGCUGGACCGCUUUGCUUUGAUUGUAUUUACUGGGCCAUGUCAUUACAAGUGUGUGUGUGGGAAGUUGUUUACGUCCACGUACAUCGUUCACAAGCAAGCGAUGCUCUAAUUCUAGUUGGGCAAGAUGGUGUCCAACGUCCCCCAAUACAAUUCCCAAAAGGUGGUCAUCUGCUUUCCUUUUUAAGCAAUUUGGAGACGGGUUUACUUCCACAUGGCCAAUUGGAUCCACCGCUUUGGUCUCAACGUGGGACCGGCAAGGUGUUUGGUAGAAACAAAGGUAGAAGGCGUCCUAUGCCGAGUCUAUGUGAAAGUGGGGAAAAUGACGAAUCAGAGGUUGAUGAAGUUGCUGGCGAUUAUGUCUUUCGUAUCGUCAACAAUGCUAUUGCAGAUCGGGAAGCAAUGCGCCACUCUCUACUAGAGCGUGUAAUUCAAUCACCUCCACGUACCCCUCGUCGGACCCUGGCCUCUACAUCCACUACAUCAUCGGAUUCCAGCACCAUGUCAGUUGACUGCCCACCUAUUAUUGGCAAUUUAACUCAAACAACCAUCACACAAGUGUCUCUGGAACAGGCUGCCUCAAUAGAGCUAGUAUGCAGCACAAUGCGCCGACAAAUAAUCUCCAGAGCGUUUUAUGGGUGGCUGGCGUAUUGCCGGCAUCUUUCCACUGUACGGACCCAUCUCAGUGGCCUUGUGCAUCCAAACAUUGUUCCCGGCGAAAAUACCAAUGAAGGUCUAACAGAUGCAAUAUGGCGAUCAAUGAUGGAUGAACAAGGAGCCAUCGUUAAUAAGGACGAGGUGUAUAGAUUGGUGUACUACGGAGGAGUACAGCACGACAUAAGGAAAGAAGUCUGGCCGUUUUUACUUGGAUAUUAUGAAUUCAAUACAACGUUUCAAGAGCGACAAGAGCAGGACUGUACAUACCGUCGUCAGUAUGAGACUACGAUGUCUGAAUGGCUUUGUGUUGAAGCAAUUGUAAGGCAACGGGACCGAGAGGCUACGGCGGCUUCUAUUGCACGGCUGUCUCAAUCUUCUGGAAAGCCUAAACCCGAAGUUGAGCCUUGUGAAGUAUUUGAAGACGACUGCAGUGUAAUAUCAGAUAAUCCACCAGUUGUAUCACCAGAGCCAAGCGAAAACGAACAGAAAAGACUAGAGGUCAAACCUGUGCUUUCCCGAGCUCCAAGCAUAGACGAAGUAGACAAUAUAGAGUUAGAUGAAGAAAAGAAUGAGAACGGAGUCAAGAUUAAUGGAGAGACUGAUACUUGUGAAGAUAUAACUUUCGAUGAUGAUGACGAUGAUGAAGUUUGUAUUAAAAGUGUUGUGGAAAAUCCGGAUAUGAGAAGAGAGAGCAUUGCAGAAAUUAAAAGAUUGGCAGAAGGAAUAGUGCAGAAGGGCGAUGGAAGAGGUUUAUUAUGUAGUGUUGACAGUGGAAAUGCUAAUCUUUAUGGAAAUGAUAAUAAGUCAAUCGAAGAACCGGCACCGAAUCAUGCGCAUAGUGUUAUUGUUACAAAUCCAUCUGUUGAUUUGGCUGUUACCGGUGGAUCUCCAGCUUCAGGAGGAACUACAGUAACUUUAGCGCCAGCAAGCCCAGCCCGUAGUCCUUUGGGCGUUCUUCGUGAGGAGUCUCAUUCAGCUGGUGCCUCCUUUGAUACCCUAGAUCCGGAAUCUCGACCUGACAAUCGCUCCAACUGUGUAUCACCUGCAAGUUCCAAUGGAGGCGUUUAUUCGAAUGAACUGGUAGAGAAUUUUGCAUUAAACCUCCAUCGAAUAGAAAAGGACGUUCAGAGAUGCGACAGGAACUAUCCCUUCUUUACGGAUGAAAACUUGGAUAAAUUGAGGAAUAUUAUGUGCACAUACGUCUGGGAACACCUCGACAUGGGCUAUAUGCAGGGGAUGUGUGACUUAGCAGCCCCGUUGUUAGUGAUAAUGCGUGACGAGGCAGUUGCGCACGCGCUCUUCGCUCGACUCAUGUGCAGAGCCAAAGACAACUUUCCUUCUGGACAGGCCAUGGAUGCCUACUUCGCUGAUAUGAGGUCUCUGAUCCAAAUACUGGAUUGUGAGUUGUAUGAAUUGAUGCACGCACAUGGAGACUACACACACUUUUACUUCUGCUACCGCUGGUUUUUACUUGACUUCAAGCGGGAACUUCUGUAUCAGGAUGUGUUCUCAGCGUGGGAAUUAAUAUGGGUAGCGCGUUAUGUAGCUUCAGAGCACAUGGUUCUAUUCAUAGCUCUGGCAUUAUUAGAAACCUAUCGAGAUGUAAUACUCGCUAACUCUAUGGAUUUUACAGAUAUCAUCAAGUUUUUCAACGAAAUGGCCGAACGCCACGACGCGUCAGCAGUUUUAUCGUUAGCUAGAGACUUAGUCCUUCAAGUUCAAACGCUUAUAGAGAAUAAAUAAAAUAGUAAUGAUGUCAAAAUGUCUUCAUAGCAGAUAUAUUAGGUACUUGUAUUGUAAACAAUGAUACUGCUAUAAUUGUGUGUAUAAGUCAAGUGACUAAACCCUACAAAAGUGAUUAUUUAAAGCAUUUUGAUGUCUGUGACCAUUUUCUUAAUACUUUGAAAUGUAAUACAAACCAAAAUAUCUACUGAGACCUGGGAAACGAAGGCCUGAUCUAACUCUGUGCGAUUAUUUUUAUCCCGUGCAACUCUAGUCACCACCCUUCGCCUGACCUAUCUACCUCCUUUUUCCCGUGUUGGGGCUGCCAGUCAGUACUAGUUGUCAAUUAUUUUUCACGACUUUCUCUUGUCAUGUGGCUCGGCCAUUUUAGCCGUUUUAAUUUCUGUAAAUCAACUUUAACAUUUGUUAUCAUUCCGACUUUGUCUGCCCUUUCGUGAUAUUUUAGAAUGACCCAACAUGACCAAGUCCUUUACUUUUCUCUUUGGCAUGUACCUUUGAAUGUGAAUAAAUAAUCAUAAUCUUUAUUAAUUAAGCUUAACCUUAAAACACCGUAAUUAAGAGAAAGUUUAGUUACAAUCUUUAAAUAUAUUUAUAAUCAAUUAAAAAUAACAACGAUGAAAAAUAUACGAUUUCAUACACAUCGCAAGUAGUUCACCAUAGACACCAAACGUUAUAUUAAUAAAGUAGGUAACUCUUUCAUUAACGUAUAUUAAUAAAAUAUUUGCAUUAAACUCUUUGACUUACCGUAUUUAUUUCACUAAAUAAAUCAGUGUAAUUAGAAAAGUCAGUGCAAUUGGACAUAAUCGAUUUGGGCAGCACAAAUUCCAGCCUCUUUAUUUAUUUAUUACAUAAUAUAACAACGUACAAUCAUUCAAGUUUUCGAUAGAUUUUAAAAAUAUUUAUAUAUUCUAAAGUAGCAAAGAAAACAAUAAAAGUACAUUGAAGAAGAUUUUUGAAAACAAAAAUAACAGAAAAAUUAUUUUCAUAGAUUGAAUACAGGCCAGGAAAAAAGGUGUAAUACUUCAGGCCUAUAUAAAAAAAUAUUAUAUAUUGUCAAUUCAACUUUCGCGUAAAUGCUAAUAAAAACUCCUCCACUUAACAUCAGGUGAGCCUCCUGCCCGUUUGCCCCCCUGUUCUAUAAAAAAAUGACUGGUCUAAGCCACUUGACUUAAAAAAUGAGUCAAAAAGCAGUAAAACUUUUAGAAACACAUUGUGUGGAAACAAUAUGGAUGUUUUAAUAGAAAUUAAUUUACAUGUAAAGUGUUUUAAAGUUUUAGUGCUCGACCCAAAUGUACUUUAGUUAUAGAGAAAUGUAUUGAAUUUUAAUAUCAAUUUGUAUUAGAGCGUAUAUUGGUGUUUUCUAUAUGGUAAUAUACCACAGAUGUUUAUAAAUGGAUUCAUAGAAAAAUUAACUUAUCGUUCUAAGAACAAAAUAUCAAAUCUUCUUUUACGUUUACGAAAUAUAAGAUGCGUAGUCGCAUUUCCAAAAUAUCAAAAAUGAAUCUUUUAAAAUAUAACAAAGGCAUUAAAUGCGUAUAAUAAAUAAUCUCAGUAGACGACGACGAAUAUUUCAAAGAUAAACUAAGUAAAAAUUUAUUUAAUUUAUGUUAUUAAAUCAUGUUUUUGUAAUUUAUUUACACUAAGAACUUAUUUUGCAUUGCGCGAUCUUUAAGAAUUAAAAAAACGUGUAUUACGAAAUUAAUAACUAAAUUUGAUUUGUAACAUGAAAAAUAAAUUUGUAUCAAAUAUAAUCGCACUAGAAUUUAGUAAGUCAACAACUCAAUUCAUUAUACUUAUAGAAAUACUGAAUUUGAAUACAAUUAUUAAAUUUAAUGAUGUUCUACCUCUUUCUGAAGAUGACGCCUCAUUAGAACUGUUUCGAUGUUAUUUAAGUAUCGCCAGAUACGGACGACGCGCCACAUUCACAAAAGCGCAUUUGGCUUGUUCAAUGUAACAUUAUAGUUCUGGGUUCUAGUAAAGAGAUUUUUUUAGGUUUGUAAGGAUUGGAAUGCACUCGUUUGUGGCUCAAACAACUGAUCUAAGAACAGUACCUCAAAUUAUUUUAAAAAAUAACGUUCAUAAAUUAUAUUUAAAACCCUGAACAGUGGCAACAUUAUAUUUUAUUUUGCGACGCAAUUUGUUGUUGCGCGUGAUCCAUGUGUGGAUAUUUAAUAUAAUUGUGUAUUUUUUAUUAUGCUAAAUAGGAUAAGUGUAACUUUGUUAACACACUGCUAUUAUUUUAGUCUACAAUGUUUUGGUUAAGAUAUUUUAUUGACUGUGUAAAGAAAUUUUAAAAAAAUACAUCCUAUUUCAGGAACAAAAUACUCGUACUUACGUAUCUGAAUUAAAAACUCAUUCUUAGAUCGUGUUAUAAAACAAAAGAGAUAUUGAAUUCUUUGGAUAAAUCUUCAUUAAUUUAGGUCGUUAAAAGGCAAAAUUAAAGACGCUUUAAACCCGUUGUGUGUUAUGCUUAUUAUUAAAUAUUACUAUAUACUAUUAGCUUUAAUUAUAUUGUGAUUAGCAGAUCCGCACAUUCCGAGAUUCAACGUAAUUGAAGAAAUGCUUAAGAAUUUUUUAAUUAUGUUAUCUUUUUGAACCUUGAAACGAAAAUCUAGAAGUUCUGUGAAAAAAGUGAGCAUUUAAAUUGUCCUAUCAUUUAAUGAUACUACGUUUGACUGUUUAAUUAAUAUUCUAAAUACUAUAAUAUAGUUUCUAGCUCAUAGCACACUGUUGGCUGGCAGGUAGACAUAUUUUCGAAUCACAUCAUUUUUUACAAAGCUUUUCAGCAAUCGUGGUCAGUGACGAGUGGUUAUAUCAUAUAAAGUCUCGGGGUGGAUUGCGGUACGCAAUGGAGAGCUGGAGCUUGGCGACCGGACAGGUCCUUUACAUUUGCAAUGCUCGCGGAAAUCAAGGACAAUAUCUACCUACUUAGUUAAUAAUUUCAUUAAUAGUAUUACGAAGAUAAACAAAACUAAACUUUGACAUUGUCAUCUUUUUUGUAUUUUUCUAAUUCCGUGACUUUAUUAAGUCAGGUAAGUUAAAACUUACCUACUAAACUUGCGUAAUAAAUUAUAAACGUCAUAAGUCGUCCGUGUGCUAUGCCUCUUAUCUGUGAGCUGUAUAUUUUGUGUGAGCUUCCAUGUUACAAAAUUAAGAACUUUAAUUAAUGUUAAACUUUAGAGCAAAUUAAUAGGAUUAUUACGUGAUGAAUAAAUAUUUAUUAAUAUAUAUUUUCUUCAAUGUAUAUAUAAUUUUCAUUUGUCGCAAA